GAACGCUUCACCCUCAUCCACUUGCAAAAGCAAAUGUUCACUCGUCUUCCUCCGCAUUCGUCCAGCUGGUGGCUUCUUUCAAUCCGAAGAUUGGCGUCAAGUGCGAUGGGGGCUGCCUUGUCUACACGCAUUGAAGACCAUCGUAUCUACUGCGAGCGAGCUUGAGUACCCGUCAUGGCGGCAUCCCGGUCAGGUUUCCACGGCGACUCACUUCAGGCAAGAUGCAUGCCACAGAACACUCCGGACGCGCCCCAGGGGCCUACCAUCCCAAGUCCCCGCCUGUAUUCUGGAAGACACUUCCCAAGUAUACAGCCGGGUCGUCCCUCUCAGCUCGCCAAUGAGUGGGCACUCGAUGCCGCAGCUCAGUCGACCUAUCGGCAUGCAGAACUGCGGUCUAAGACGGCCGGUAACUCAACCUCCCCACAAUACCCUCAAUUUACUUCACAGUCGGCAGAAUGGGGGUCGACUUCAUCUCUCCACGACUCCGAACAGUCGCCAAUGACCCUUUAUAGAACAUCGCACGGCAGAUUCCCGACUGGCAACCCGGUCCAUGUCUCUGAACCAUUCCCGUGGUCACCAGUUGAAGUUGCGGAACAAACCCCGUUCUCAGUCAGUAACUGUACUGAAGAGCCUGUCAGCGCCAGCGGCUGGGCAGAAACUGGACGGACCCCCAAACAUCAAUCCGUUGAGCCCAGACAUUCUACCAAACAGCGGUAUUACCGUUCAUGUUUGGCACAGCCACGAAAGCCGUCGUGGCGCCUUACACCGAGUGGCAGGACAGCGUUCCAAAGCUUCAACUGCGAGAUCGACGGGUGCCAUACCCCUUUCAACAACAGCUGCAGCUUGAAGGCGCAUCUAGAGCUGCAUGAACAGAGCCACCGAGCCCAACCUGGCACCCCUUUUCGUCCCCCAGCGUCUGUGUUCUCGAUCAACAGCACCGAUAGCGGAUAUGUGUCACUUCUCGACGUGGCUCCGUUGUCCUUCUCACCCCAAAGCUUGAACACGCCAACGUCCGUCUUCUUGUGGGACGGUAUCUUGGUCGAAUAUUGUGACGUACCAUACGCCAGGGCUCAAUUGGAGUGCGACGAAGAUGCCUCUUCCAGCAAUACUUGGGUUGUCAACGGGUUGAAAGACGAGAUCAGCUUCGAAGAAGGCCAUGUGCCCAUAACAACGGACAAAGUGCCGGUUCAUCGCCAGCUGAGUCUGUGGGAGGAAGCCGAGAAUGAGUGGGAGCGCUUUUUGGUUACGGGACAAGAAGUCCGUGCCCAGGUCCCAACUAUCAACGAGGCGCCCGGGACCACGCCCCUAGGAGACCGAGUUGCGGCUUGUUAUGGGAAUGUUGCAGACUGCGGCAAAGAAACGGUACUCACAGACGACGAAGACAUGGAUGCGGAUGGGCAUUCCAGAGCACCAACCCCAUGGCCAGAGCGCUGGUACGAAGGGGGCAGCGAGCUUGGUCUUCAGCAAUUUGCGGCCGAGGUCAUAGCCAAUUGUUUGAGCCACCCUGGGGACGCUGAGGCCAUCGAUGACGAGUUCGGUACGGGGCAGUGUCCCACCGACAACGACGACGGGCAUCAUAGACAGGAGUGUACCGGCGCCACAACAACGGGAGCGAGCUCAACAACCGGCCAGACAACGCAUGCCGGCCGUCAACCAUCUGGCGGGCAUUCGACCAAAAGACAAAGAAGCAAUGACGAUGGAGACAGCGAGGAGGACCCGCCUCCGAAAAGACGGGACGCCAGGGGACCACCAGACAACGAUACCGGUGCGAGGAAAUUCUACGCCUGCCCAUACCAGAAGCGUAAGCCCCGGGAAAGCCCCCUCUGUGGGAUGCCGCACGGGUCAAAACGUGAUUUUGGUUGGGAUAGCGUGUCUCGUGUUAAGCAGCAUCUUCUCGAAAGCCACGGGUUGGACCAUCACUGCGGGAACUGUUGGAAAGCGUACAAGAAGGUUCAAGACGCCCAGGGCUGCCACGAAACGAGGAGCUGCUUGCAGCGAACUAGUCCACCAAAGCAUUGGUUGUCUAAAUCACAAAUCGCGCACCUCAAAGCCGAAAGGGUCGCCAGCCAGAGCGAUGAGGCCUGGUAUCGAAUUGCCGAUGUGCUGUUCGACAAAGAGCAAGACUAUAACCCGGAGAGUUUCCGCGCCGAACACACACCAUUCUAUAGCAGUGCAGACCAUCUCAAGCUACUCUCGAGGGAGCAAAGCUGUUAUAGGAGCCCAGACAACACGUGGACUCCGGAGAGCGACUCUACAAACCCUCCCGGGUUGACCCCUAUGUCCGGGAACCAGAACGUUUCGCCGGCAGUAGAAGGACUAUCUGCGCAAUCCAUGGACCCUUCGCCUCAUCAACAGAUUUCAGGGUGCUGUGAUCAACCAGGACCCGGAGGUGCCAGCCCGAGACCCAAGGAGGUCUCGGAGCCCGGGAUGGAUCCAGACCCUUACCGAUGCGAGAACCCGGCUAACGGCCACGCAGCGCCACAGACACCAGGUUACUUCCUGCCGGAGCCGCUGGUUCAGGCGUCGACGGCCCAGCACUUUGGCGCGGAGGACAUGGAGCAAUUCUUUGAUCUCGGAUCCGCCGCCACAGAUCUGAACCCACCACCACUGCCUGACCCGUUCCCGGCUACCCCUGUGCCAGCCGCAGCAGCCUGCGACAGCUUGUACCAAUUCACGGGUACCGCCGAGGUUGGGCAGUUAUCGUUAGCUUGCUCCUGUGGGCCUGCACAGAAGUGCAUCUGUCGGCUGAAGAAGCGGGUGGCAGACCUGCGCAACGAGAAUGAGUCCCUCUGGGCCGAGAAGGAGGCGAUGCGGAAGGCGCUGGUUGGACUGCGGCAGACGCUGGAACACCAGGAUGAGCUGCUGCAGGUCAUGGAGGAGAAGGGCAUGCUCUCGGGUGAGGCGAUGGGAAAAUUGUAUGAGUAUCAAAACAGGAUGAGGGCGGUGGUUAUGGAACAUCGUUGAUGCUUCGGCGUCCACCGCGGCCUGGGCGUCCACAUCUCCUUUGUGCUCCAUAUCCAUGGCCGCCUUCGAGGCCGCUGAGAUCGAGCGCAUGCGCCUCGGCGGCAACGAGAAUUGGCGCCGCUUCUUCGAGCAGCAUGAGGACGCCAAGAUGCGGGGGC